AUGGCCCCACGCGGUAGCAAAUAUCGAUCACCGACUGUAGGCUCUAUAAGCUCUAACGACGACUCGGCGGAGCCUCAAGACCCUCCCCAAGCCGCCUCUCAGCCUGUCGCACCGAAACCAGCGCCGGAGAAGGAACUACAAAAACAACCACCAACUCCGAAGUCGGCCUUGAAGAAACCCACCAAUUCUACCCACUCCUCGUCAGAGCCUGCUCCAGUCGCAUCUUUCUCCAACGAUCAAAAUGGUAGAUGGACCAGACAGACUCAAGGUCAGAACAGCGAUGACGAGGCUCCAGCAUCGCAGCCUUAUGCCGUAAUGACUGCCAGACCACGCCAAAAUCCACCUCAACCCAGACACGAUACGACACCGUCUCAAUCUCGCACGGGUACACCUCGGAGAGGAGACCACACAUCGUGGGAUAGCGACGACGAACCUCCCGCCCGCUCUCGUACCAGCGCAUCUCCGCGGCAAAGCUCUCCGGCAGAUCGUUCCUUCGGAACAAUGCCUAGUAUCGACCAGCAACUUGGAAUAGAGAAGCCUCGCUACCCGUCGCUACAGCCUGCCUGUGCAAACAUCAGGCCUGCGGCAUCGAUACCACCAGACAGCAUGCAUGCUGAACAGCAAGCUCGUAACUCAGUAGCACUCAUCGACAUUCUCCGCACGAGCCUGUACGCCCUGGAAAACUCCCUUUCCUCUCCUUCCGCCACGCUAUCCAAAGAGGCCAGUGACAACUGGGAAACGGCGCGGGCUUUGAUGGAGCGAUUGGAUCCAGUAGUAAAAUCGCAGCGUCAGGUAGCAACACAAAACAGCGUGUAG